AUGUCAGGUAUAACCAGAUCAGUAUCAGCCCCGAAUUUCAGCGUGCGAUCCGUUGGAUCCUCUCUCUCCGAAAACACUCGAUACGUGGAGACGGAGUCCAGUCAAGCGGAUGUGGAGGAUUCGGUGGUGGAGGCGGGCACAUCGUACAACAUAUUCCCGCCGAGGCGGGAGCGAUCCCAGUGUCUCUUUCGCAGCUACGUCUGCCUGCUGCUGGGCAUCCAGGUGGCACUGGCCUCGCUGCAGUGGUUGGGCUCCACGUACCGCUGGCGACCGCAACUGAAUCCUGCCAAUCGCAGCCUGUCCGUGCUGCUGCUCCUGCUCUCGUGGAUCAACCUGACGCUGGCCUUCGUCGGCUUCCGGCGGCUGCAGUUCACCUUCCCCCUCAACUGGAUAGUGUUCGGCUGCAUCUUCGAGAGCCUCACGCUGCUGGUGGUGUGCCUGCACAUCCUCGAACAGGAUCUGACCUGGCCAUUCAUCCUGAUCGGCAUCGGAGUGCUGGUCGUGUACACGCUGCUGGGACUGUGGGUGCCCGGCUUCCUCACCGCCAACCUCUGGAUCCUCAUCCUGGCCAGCAUGGUCGUCUUCGUGGUCUCCUCCGUGGCCCUGGGCUGCCGCCUGCAAAUGCGCUACUAUGUUCCGGCCAGCAUUUGCCUGGUCUUCUUCGGACCUUGGGCCAUGUACAACUCCCAGAAGCUCUUCCUGCCCAGCAGGCGGACCGGCUACUUGGCCCACCAGUACUUGGAGGCGGCCGCCAAAAUGUUCAUCAACUUUGCAUGCACCGUGAGCGGCGUUAUUUUUGCCCACCGCAUUUCUGUGGACACUUUGGAUGCCCACGGCGGCUAGCCGGGAUUAUCAGGUCAAGAUUUGAGUGAUCAAUGGGGGUCUGGUGCUGAU